CAACUUCGUAGCGCUGAACAACAGGGGAGUACUUUCAUAACGGAGCUUGAAGGACAAGGAAACUGCGAAGAGAUACCGAGUCUGUUGACCCAACGAUAAUUCACUGCUUUCCUCAGCAAUCAGAGGCAGUACCAAAAUGGUAGACCAGUUGACCUUUACUAUUAAGAACCGUGAGCGAAUACAGGCAGUGGAGAGCACCUUCGGCCGCACCGGAAAAAUACUUCUAAAACCAGGGCGUAUUCUGGUGGGAGAGGGCUGGUUGUCAAAGCUCUGCAGACGUGGACCCAAACCCAAAGCGUUCUUCCUCUUCAAUGACAUUUUGGUCUACAGUAGCAUCGUGGUGCCCGGUCGCUGGAACAACAAGCAGAAGAUCAUUCCUUUGGAGGACGUGCAGCAGGAAAAUCUGGAAGACGGAAUGGCCAUGCCAAACCAAUGGCUCAUCCGCACCCCGCGCAAGUCUUUCUACGUAUCGGCGGCCUCGCCUGAGGAAAAGAAUGCGUGGAUGGGGCACAUUGACCAGUACAAGUCCCUCCUAGUGCAAGCUAAGGGCCUCCCUGCUGAAAAUGCCGCUGGGAACUUUGCUGCCACCUGGAUCCCUGACACGGCAUCAGCCAUCUGUAUGCGCUGCUCGAGGAGGUUCAACAUUGCCAAUCGGAGGCACCACUGCCGGAGGUGCGGUUAUAUAGUAUGUAGAGCUUGCUCGAAGAGCCGAGCCUUGAUGCCGAACAUCUCCUCCAGGCCGGUGAGAAUUUGCCGGGCCUGUGUGAGCAACGUCCAUGAUGGAAAAGAUCAAGGAAAGAAUCGAGCUAAUGGAAAGCACUGGAAGAAAAACUCCGUAGAGGACACACCAACACUACCUGAGUAUGAGACGUCAAGUGAUGAGGAGUGCAGUGAGCAGGAGUACCAGGUGGCCACAAAGUGGUUCAAGAGCCCCGAGGAUGAGGAUUACUCCCCAUACUGCUACAUAAAGCCUGAGCAUAAGAAUCCUCCCGUCUGUGGACUCCGACUUGAAAGAUGUGAAAAUGUACUGUUGUGAACUAUGCUGAAACUCAUCAUGUGUUGCACCUCUCCAAAGAACAGAAGCAUAGAGACAGAGAUGAGUGGUAUAAUUAUGAAGUAUUUUGCACUAAAGUAUUUUAAGUCACUUUUAGGACUUGUUUUGCACUUGUAUUUUGUUUUGUAUUUGUAUUUGUAUGUAUAUUUAUAUGUACGUAUGUACAAAACUUUAUUGUAAGACAAAUGUUUAUAUUAUAGCUUAUAUAUUACAGGAACAAUGUGACUUUUGCAAU